ACACAGCUCACAAAUAAACAAAAUCAUAUAUUGAUAACAAAAUGGAAGCUGGUGGUAGUGUGAACAUGAAAACCAAUGAUAAUCUUCCUCUGCCUCCGUCGUUUGCUCAGUCACCAACGCCGGAGCUUCAACGUCCGAUAUGGCAGAUUAUAAUGGUGGCUGCCAUUGCUGCCGGUGUUCAGUUUGGGUGGGCCCUUCAGCUUUCCUUGCUCACCCCUUAUGUUCAGCUUCUAGGAAUCCCACAUACUUGGGCUUCUUUCAUUUGGUUAUGUGGCCCGGUUUCCGGGAUGAUCGUACAGCCAAUCGUUGGUUACUACAGCGAUAGGUGCACGUCCCGGUUUGGCCGCCGGCGACCCUUUAUCGCCGGCGGGGCGGUUCUUGUUGCCAUGGCCGUGUUCCUGAUCGGCUAUGCGGCCGACAUUGGUGUCGCGUCUGGUGACAAAACCGGGACAGCUCCAAAACCAAGAGCUAUCUCGGUUUUCGUGAUAGGGUUUUGGAUACUGGAUGUUGCCAACAAUAUGCUGCAGGGACCCUGUCGUGCAUUAUUGGCAGACUUAGCCGGUUCGGAUUCAUCCAGAAUCCGGACCGGAAACGCUCUGUUUGCUUUUUUUAUGGGGGUGGGGAAUGUACUCGGCUAUGCAGCCGGGUCCUACACCCACCUAUACAAACUUGCCCCUUUCACAAAAACCCACGCAUGCGACGUGUAUUGCGCAAAUUUAAAAACAUGUUUUUUCAUAGCGAUAGUGCUUUUAAUGUCAAUAACAAUACUUGCCCUCGCGACAGUUCACGAGGACGUGUUUGAGUCAGAGGAAGAAACAAAAAUAUCCGAAGAAAAAGAAUUAUUUUUCUUCGGAGAAAUGAUAAGCGCACUAAAAAAGCUGUCACGUCCGAUGUGGAUACUAUUAUUAGUCACGUGUCUAAACUGGAUAGCUUGGUUUCCAUUUUUAUUAUUCGAUACCGAUUGGAUGGGGCGUGAAGUGUACGGAGGUAAACUUGGGGAAGGUAUGAGGUACAACCAAGGGGUGCGGGCGGGUGCCUUCGGGUUGUUGCUAAAUUCGGUAGUGUCUGGGGUUGCUUCGUUAGGGAUUGAGCGGCUAGCGCGUUGGUGCGGUGGUGUAAAAAGGUUAUGGGGAGGGGUAAAUUUACUGUUAGGGGUGUGUUUAGGAAUGACUGUUUUGGUAACUAAAAUUGCCGAGGAUACACGUAAGUUUGAAACGGUAAAUGGAGUUACCAUGCCUUCAUUACCGUCUCAUGGUCUAAAAGGUGGUGCUUUGGCUAUUUUUGCUGUGCUUGGUAUCCCUCUUUCGGUGACAUUUAGUAUUCCUUGUGCUUUGGCCUCCAUCUUUUCUAAUGAUUCAGGGGUGGGACAAGGUUUGUCAUUAGGUGUUCUUAACCUUGCAAUUGUUAUACCCCAGAUGUUUGUAUCGGUACUAAGUGGACCGUGGGAUGCAUUAUUUGGAGGUGGAAAUUUACCAGCAUUUGUUGUAGGAGCAGUAGCUGCGGCGAUAAGUGGGAUAUUAGCAUUUACUCUGCUUCCAUCACCGCCACCAGAUGUUGUGCUAGCCAAGGUUUCCGGGUCAGCAAUGCACUAACUGUGUGCAUCUUGUUCUUCAAACUAUAUAUGUGUCCAAAUCUAUAUUGUAAUAACUUAGGUAAAAAACCAUGUUUGUGGUGUGCAACGGUUAAACGUUAUGUUGUUUUGCUUAAGCGGUUGGCAUGUAAUAUUAGUACCGUGUCAUCAUGACUUGAGACAAAGGCAUCUA